AUGAUCAAACCAACUGGAAUGGGCAUUAAUACGGGUUAUCAUUAUAGUAAUGUGGCUUUAAAAAUGCAAAAUUAUAUAAAGUAUGGACCACUACAUUACACCCUAAUUUAUCCGCGAAGAAUAGCCCAUCCGUUUCAUCCUGAACACCAUCACUCACCUGCUCCACAUCUCGGUAUUCAUCCCGAAGCUAGAGGCGUUCCUAUGCUUAGACGUAAAAGAUUUCCACCUGCGCAUUGGCAUCCGGCUCAUAUGUGGCUAUGA